AUGGAUGAAAAGGAUACGCACAGAAAAGCAAAGCAUUGCAUUUUAGGUCUAGAUUUGACCCGCAAUAAAGUACCCCUAACUGAUGUUAAAGGUAGACCGCAAAGAUUGUUGCCCGUCUGGGUAAUAAGGGGGUACCGCACGAUCUCCUUCGAGGCGGCGAGCCUCCUUGCCGGAUGUCCACCCUGGGAUCUUGAGGCAAAAACUCUCGCCUCCUUGUACCAGUGCAAUAAGGAGGUGCGCGGGCGGGGUGAGUUACCGAUGCCCCAAGAAUAUGCGCGGCAUCGCUCCCAGCUCCGAGGGGUCUUAUUAGUGGAAUGGAGGGAGCGGUUGGAUAAUCCCAGCGCAGGGCAUGCCACGAUAGCGGCGGUAAGGCCUGUCAUGGAGGAUUGGCUGGGGCGCCAACAUGGCGUCCUAACCUUCCGGCUGACGCAGAUACUUACCGGACAUGGUUGUUUCGGUAGGUAUCUGCAUCGCAUAGGUCGGGAGCAAUCCCCCGAUUGCCACCACUGUGAGGACCGCCUUGAGGACACGGCGCAGCACACCCUGGAGGAGUGCCAAGCUUGGGCAGAACAGCGCCGUACACUCGAUGCGGCAGUUGGUGGUGGUGGUCUCUCGCUCCCAAACAUCGUGCAAGCGAUGGUUGGGAGCGAGACAGCGUGGAGUGCCGCUGCCUCCUUUUGCGAGGAGGUGAUGUCUGCAAAGGAGGCGGCGGAACGUGUGAGGGAAAUUUCGAUGGUGUAUCCCUCUCGCAGGAGACGCAGCGGGCGCCGAAGGGCAAAUGACGACCUCCGGCCUCCAUGA